AUGCGCCGGCCAGCGGCGAAGGCAAAGGCGAAGGCAAAGGCCCCCCGCCUGGACAUUGGGCAGCUUGGAUCAUUGAAGCCCGGGACCGGACCGGACAUGAGGCCGCACAUCUACACGCGCUGGCCAGUCAGCCGGUCAGGCUACACCCCGGAGCUGUGGCAGAAGUACGCAGCCAGGGCGGAGGAGCUGAGCCUAAGCACGGCCAUCCGCGGCCGGCAAGAUAGGUUGAGACGCAUGCGCCACAACUACCUCCGCAUCUGCGGUCUGACGCUGUACAAGGAGAUGAUCAUCGACUUGCACAGUCAGCUGCGCAUCAGCUUUGCCAACCUCGAGCUUCCCGAAGAGUUGAGUGUCACUAUGGCCGACGCCGCCGAUGCUGCUCCUGAGCCUGAGCCUGAGUCUGCUGAUGCUGCGGAUGCCGCAAGCUCAGGCGAAGGUGCCACGGAGUCCAUCCUGGACUAUGUCAUAGGCGAGGAAACACUUGGCUGCGUCUCAGAGGGCCCCCUGACAUUUGCGCCGGAGCCGCCGGCUGCAGCCACAAACGAGCGGCCGCCAGCUGGGCCGCAGCUGUCGGCGAUAGCAAAGCGACUGCAGGAGCGUGUGCUGGGCGAAGACGCGCUGCCCAUUAAUGUGCGAAAGACGGUGGCUGAUUCCAUCGGCUUGGGGGACAGUCUUGGCGGAGGUGCUGCGGCUGGUGGCUUGCCCCCCGCGCGUCCUGCCGUCUCUGUGUACCUCUGCACAAGCUGCCUAUGGCGGCAUGAGCAGUUGAAGAUCGCCCUGGUGCCGAACAUCGCCAUGAUCAGCGAGCACACGGCUGCGUAUGGCACCGAAGUGCACUGGGUGAUUAUCACGGCGCCGGGCACAGGGGAGGAAGUGACGCUUCAGGCCCUGCAGGAGUUGAAGGACUGGCCCCGCUUGCAGCAAGUCCGCCUGACGCUGGGCUUUGUUGACACCAGAGCCACCGGCGGCGCCUUCCACAUGUCCUUCGCCAAGAACGCCUCACACAUGCUGGCAAGAAAAGAAGCUGUGUCAAGGGCGGUUAACGAUUGUGACGCAUCCAGCGUCAUCCUCGUUAACCUGGACUGCGACAACAUCAUCGGCCCCAAGUUCCUGCCGGCGCUCCUGGAAACCUUCGCGAACCCCAGGCUGCAGAUUCUCCAAGCGCGAGGAUGGGAGUCUGCGACCACUGGUCGCAUUGCGGUGCGCCUUUCGGCCUUUGAGGCUGUGAACGGCUAUGACGAGGAGCCGGGCGUCUUGGGCUCUGGCUACCAGGCGGGGGGGGAAAGACCUGAGCCAGUUGCAGAAAACAUUGCCGGGCCCCAGGACAUAGACUUCCUCAAGCGGGUGGGUGCGUGGGCGUCAGCCUCCGCCACCCGCAAGGGUGGGGGAGGCUACAGGGCCUCGCUGCAAUGCGGGAAAGGCGCCGCGGCCGCUCACGAUGCCGUGGGCUUUGCCAUAGACAAUGACCUCCACAACAAGGCGCGCGAGAGGGGAGACGCCAAGUUGGACCACGUCUCGAACGAGGCCAAAUACAAAUGGGGGGCGAUGAACGCCCGCAACAUGCAGACAAUGUGCGCAAAGGAAGGAUACUUCCGCAACGCGUAUAAAACCACGCGAGGUGACCCGCCCGUGGGUUGGCCCGUGCAGGCCAUGGUCCACGGCUCAAGGGCCGGAGACCUCUUAGGCAAGGACCUGGCGGCCUUCUUUGCGGUGGUACAGGCCAAGAGUGGGCAGAGGCGCCAGGAAGCCCGAGAUGACCCACUUCGACUGGCGGACAUCAUGAUGGAGACUGCCGGGCUGAAAACGUCCGGGCAGCCAAGCCCAUCUUUGGUCUGCACGGACGUGAGGUGCUUCUACGACCCGAACCGCCCGCAGAGCCGCCAGUCCUGCAAUCACAUCGGCUUGAACGUCAAGAACCUGGCGGCGGUGGCGCGGCGCCCCAAGUGGGGCGACUGGAUUCAGUCCAUGGCUAAGAUUCUGACCCGGCGCCUCCCGGCCAGCGCCAGCGUGGCCAUUGGUGUGUUCUGCAACAAAGGACGCCACCGGUCUGUGAGCUGCGUGUUUCUCCUGGCGCUGGCCCUGCGGAAGCUUGGCUUCACCCACGUCCUGGACUUGCAUCUCAUGGCGCAGCUGUGGCAGUACGGCACGUGCGACAACUGCCAGGAAUGCCGCGCCAACUAUGAUGCCAAGCUGCGCUUGGGCGAUGAGACGGCUAGCGUGUUGCUCCGCGCGCUGCAGGCGCGGGCUGCUGUGCAAAG